AUGUCGCAAGAGCACCCACCCCCGGAUGGGGUCCCCACUCACGGCCCCGCUCCCGGCCCGUCCCUUCUCUCCACCACCUCCGCCUCGGCCACAACAACAGCUCCGUCUACGGUCCCAAUCUCGGUUCCUGCCCCGGCCGACAUGCUUGGCACCCCCAGCACACCCGAUACAACUAUCACAACCAGCACCGACAGAAGAAGGGCAACGCCAGGAGAAAUCGACAACUGGGCACGCACCAUAUACAACUACCACCGAAUGCACAUGCACCUUCCCACCUUUUCUCCUACUCCCCCAAACCCAUCAGACCUGGAAGAAGAAGACGGCUCGGAGCCAACUCGAAUAAUCUUCACCCUCUGCUCCCUCGACCUUCGCGUAGCCCACUACGCCGCCUAUCUCUUUCUCACCACUUUUCUUCCUCCAUCUCCUCCUCCUUCCUCCAUCACUACCUCCUCUUCUUCCUUCAGCAACAAAGCACAAGCACAAGCACGAUCACAACCGAACUCAUCACCACCACCCCCCCGCAAAGCCUACCAGUACCUCCUCUUCUCAGGCCACUCCGGCCUUUUAACCCGUUCGUUGACCGGUGACCCCUGUCCCUUUUCAUCUACCUCCACACCCUCCUCCUCCUCCUCCUCAGAUGAUGAUGACACCCGACCCCAACCCCAAACAGCAGAAGAAGACAAGAAAUAUUUCCAAUCCGAAGCCACCAUCUUCGCCUCCAUCGCCCUCUCCAUGGGCGUGCCCCCCUCCGCCAUCCUCAUAGAAGAGCAAUCCACCAACACGGGCGAAAACGUGCGCUUUACUCAUGCCUUGCUGGAAAAAAGGGGAAUCAAAGUAUCGGAGGUUUUGCUGGUGCAGAAACCGUAUAUGGAGCGGAGAACGUGGGGGACGUUUGGGAGGCAGUGGCCUUCUUCUUUUUGUUCUUCCUCUGUGGAAGUGAAAGAGGAAGAAAGGGUAAACUAUAGCGUGACCAGUCCGCCGUUGGAAUGGGAGGAGUAUCCUGAUGAGGAGAGUGGGAACGGGAGGGAACUGGUGAUUAACGUCAUGGUGGGAGAUUUGGUGCGCAUAAAAGAGUAUGGGGAGAAGGGGUGGCAGGUUAAAAUGGAGAUACCAGAAAAUGUGUGGGAGGCGGGUAGAAGGUUGGUGGAGGAGGGAGGGUACGGGGGGCAUUUAGCCGAGGGGUUCCGGUUCAUUUGAGGAAGGGAGGAGUUUCGGGUGGUGAUUGCAUUGCACAAGGUUUUUGUAAGGGGGUAAUUGGGUAUUAGUGAU